AUGUUGGUGGUUGCACAAGACAGGGCAGAGCUGGCAGGAUCCGACAAGGCCAACGUAAGGCGGGAAUGCUGCCAUGCCAUACUUCAUCCUGCAGUAUGGACCCGGGAGUACAAGACAAGGCAGCCAUCGAGGUUAUUCUUGCCUGUGGCGCGUGGGUGUGUGCUAAAAUCCUGCUGCCCGGGAGGAAGAAUUCAAGAUUACCAAAGACGGGACGAGGAGAUUGUUUCGUCAAACGGGGUGCCAUUGAUGAUCCAACGGGCGAGGCAAUACAAGAAAAUAAAAGGACGAGACAUCGGAAACAAUACGCACGCAGCCCCUGAGGGGGCAAAUGAGGUGGAAACAUGGCGAGAUACGCAGCGGACGACUGUGCCACAGGCGAGACAGAGAGAGAGAGAGAGAGAGCCACUUGAGGACUUUGGGCCCUGGGGGAUGAGGGACAUGGGCCCGGUCUGGCGCGUGUGUUGA